AUGGCCACACUCUGCCGACGAUUUCGUGCUGCUUCGAAACAGGCACAAAAAUGGAGCCAUUUUUCCAGAUGCCUUUCCAUGACUUCCUCGUGCAGUGGACAACAGUUAACAGUACGUGAUGCGUUGAAUGCUGCCUUGGAUGAAGAAUUGGAGCGAGAUGAAAAGGUCUUUAUACUUGGAGAAGAAGUUGCUCAGUAUGAUGGCGCAUAUAAGGUCACCAGGGGACUGUGGAAAAAGUAUGGAGACAAGAGAGUAGUAGAUACACCAAUAACAGAGAUGGGCUUUGCUGGUAUUGCAAUAGGUGCUGCGAUGGCGGGACUGAAACCAGUUUGUGAGUUCAUGACCUUCAACUUUUCCAUGCAAGCUAUUGACCAGAUCGUCAACUCUGCAGCAAAGACUUUCUACAUGUCUGCAGGAACAGUUCCAGUGCCUAUUGUGUUUCGGGGACCUAAUGGAGCAGCUGCAGGUGUGGGCGCCCAGCACUCACAGUGUUUUGGAGCCUGGUACAGCCAGGUGCCGGGCCUGAAAGUCAUCUCUCCAUACUCUGCAGAGGACUGUAAAGGAUUGCUCAAGUCUGCCAUCAGGGAUCCUGAUCCAGUUGUGUUCUUGGAAAAUGAGCUAAUGUAUGGUGUCAACUUUGAUGUCUCCGAUGAAGUCAUGUCUAAAGAUUUUCUACUUCCAAUUGGAAAAAGUAAAGUAGAGAGACAAGGAAAGCAUAUUACAUUAGUGGCUCAUUCCAAACCAGUAGGACUGUGUAUAGAGGCAGCGAAUGAGUUGGCAGGGAUAGGCAUUGAGUGCGAGGUGAUUAACUUGAGAACAUUGAGACCUCUCGAUGAUGAAGCAAUUAUUAAAUCUGUAAUGAAGACCAACCAUCUGGUGACUGUGGAGGGUGGAUGGCCUCAGUGUGGCAUUGGAUCAGAGAUUGUAGCCAGGAUUAUGGAAA